GCGUAAACUGAUUCCUUCUUUUUUUUCUCUCCUCUCUCUCUCUUUUUCUUUCUUUCUUUUCUGUAAUUUAUCAAUGAUGAUCUCUUCAGUGCCUCUUUCUCCUCCUGUCACUCCAAAAGACCAAUUCGAAGACACAAUUGAAUUGUCUUUACCUUCUACACUUGUUGGACGCCUUUCAAUCCCAUCUUCACCACCUCAUUACUCAGCAGAUCAACGUCGAAAAUCCAAUGCCCGCCGUUAUAGUCGAGCCAUGGCAACACCCGAUAAAGACGUCAUUGCCUUUAAGGAUCCAUUCCCUGUCAACCAUGGUCGCUCUAAAAAGUCAAUACCUCGUCGAUCUCCCUCGCCUCAUACCCGAGGCAGCUUUACCAUGGACGUUUUCAACGGAGUUUCAAGAAAAAGACGGAAUGAAGAAAUGACGGAAGUGACACAGAACCAGCCAACGUACGCCAAUAUUUUAACAACGGAACGCCAUAUCAAAAAAUCAAAAACAGAUGCUGCCGCUGCUUAUGAUCGUGUGGAUAUUUCCAUGAGUGAUCAAGAUGUCUUUGAUGAUCCUGACUGGAUUCCUGACAUGAGUGUGUUUGAACAUUCACCUGCUGUUAAGGUUGUAUGGAAAGGAUCUCCUUUGGCCAUUCAUCAUUUACCUUAUUAUGAUAUGUUACAUCCCGGUGAAGUCAACAUUGCAUCCACUUUACGCUUAACACCCGAACAAUACUUAAAGUGUAGACGGUCGCUUAUCAUGGCCGCCCAAGAAUUUGACAAAAUGGACGUCGCCUUUAGAAAAUCUGAUGCACAGAAAUGUGUACGGAUUGAUGUAAACAAGACUAGCGCACUCUGGAGUGUGUUUAACCAAUUGGGAUGGUUCAGUCCUACCUCAAGUUCUCACUAAUUUCUAUGUACAAAGCUCCUUUCCCUCUUAUUAUAAGCCCUUUUUUUUUCUCUCUUUCUCUUUUCCCAUUUGGAUUAGACUGUAUAUUUUCUUUCCAAGAUUGCCACACUUUUAUUAUUGUUUUCUUUUCUAUCAAGAAAAGAAGAAAAAAAUGUACAUUUGUAUGAUAACAACAAGAGCUUCUUUUUUUUUUUUUUUCUUUUCCUCCAUUUUUUUUUUUU